GGAUGGCCCUUUUUUGAGCGAUUCAGACAAGCUUUAUAGAGGGGUUUUAAAUGACUGUAAUAUCAUCUGGACAAAUUGAGCUUGGGCUUCUGCUCUGAUUCUUUGCUGUUGUCAGCAUGGCGCGAAGAGACACCCGAACCCGGCCUCGGAUAUCGGCACGUGACAUGGCGCCAUGCGCCGACCUCGCCGAUAGUCCGUCCGUCUUAGAAAUCGACUUGAUGAUGAACCCAUAGAAACGUCUUUGCCAAUUCAUUCGAUUUCGCGGUCUGUAUUUUUGUUUCCGAAGCGCCUACACAUAUACGCAUACCAGUCGCUCUCAAUAGAUGUCCAUGAGGAGUUCUACGCGGACGCUGCUGCGGCAGCUCAAACCGCGGAACAAUGCGCUCACAUCAGCAAUACCACUCACCACCGCGCGAUGCAUACACUCUCCUCCGCCGCGGAAAUCAUCUUCCAAUCCAGCCAUGGCAUUUCCCUGCCUAGAUGCGCUCGAGUCCAGGUCCCAGACCCUUCUAUCGGACAGGAGCUCACCCUCGGGACCGGAGCCAUCCUACACAGUCGGCGAGACGCAGAAGUACACGUGUGAAGAGCCUCUCCUGCUGGACUGGGGAGGUGUCCUUCCUUCAUUUGACAUUGCCUACGAGACAUGGGGCACACUGAACAAGGACAAAUCCAACGUCAUUCUACUGCACACCGGCCUGUCAGCCAGCUCCCACGCCCACUCCACAGAAGCCAACCCCAGCCCAGGAUGGUGGGAGAAAUUUAUAGGCCCAGGAGGACCAGUCGACACGGACAAAUACUUUGUCAUCUGCACAAAUGUCAUUGGAGGCUGUUAUGGCUCGACGGGACCGGGGAGUGUUGAUCCCGCCAACGGAGAGCGCUACGCCACGCGCUUCCCCAUCCUCACCAUGGACGACAUGGUGCGCGCCCAAUUCCGCCUCCUCGACCAUCUCGGCGUCGAGAAGCUCUACGCCAGCGUGGGGUCUAGCAUGGGCGGCAUGCAGUCUCUCGCCGCCGGCGCGCUGUUCCCCGAGCGAGUCGGCCGGAUCGUCAGCAUCUCCGGCUGUGCUCGUAGUCACCCCUAUUCCAUUGCCAUGCGCCACACCCAGCGCCAGGUGCUCAUGAUGGACCCCAAUUGGAACCGUGGCUUUUACUACGACAGUCGCGUUCCUCCGCAUGCUGGCAUGAAGCUGGCUCGCGAGAUUGCGACGGUGACGUACCGGUCUGGGCCAGAGUGGGAGCAGCGCUUUGGACGACGGAGGGCGGAUAGCAGCAAACCGCCCGCGCUGUGUCCCGACUUCUUGGUCGAGACCUACCUAGAUCACGCGGGAGAGAAGUGGUGCCUGACAUACGAUCCCAAUUCAUUGCUGUACGUCAGCAAGGCCAUGGACUUGUUCGAUCUUGGCGUGGAGCACCGAAGAGCCACGCUGGCCCGAAGACGCGAACGACAGGAGGCUAUGCGAAAGGGCGACUCGGAAGCUGUGGCCGCGCCGGCGGCGUGUACGUUGACGCUGCCAGAGACACCGUACGAAGAGCAGCCAGAGUCACAAGUUGAUACUACGGAACCCUCCGUCCCCGGCUCGUCGAGACCCCCAGAGGACCUGAUCCAAGGCUUGAAGCCGCUACGUGACAUUCCGACACUGGUCAUGGGCGUGGCAAGCGACAUUCUGUUCCCUGCGUGGCAGCAGCGCGAGGUCGCUGAAGCCUUGCGUCUCAGUGGGAACCGCAACGUCACGCACAUGGAGCUGAGCGAGGAGAUGAGUCUCUUUGGGCAUGACACAUUCUUGUUGGAUCUCAAGCAUGUCGGCGGAAAUAUCAGACUCUUCCUGGGCUAACCCCGGGGACAAGUACUUGGUGGUCCUACUAUGUAACAUAAAAAGGAAAAUUAUAGACAUGAAU